CCCAAGAAGACGAAGGCGCCCAAGGAGGAGGCCGUUUCCCUCGGCCCCCAGGUCGCGGAGGGCGAGCUGGUCUUUGGCGUCGCACACAUCUACGCGUCGUUCAACGACACCUUCGUCCAUGUCACUGAUCUCUCGGGCAAGGAGACGAUCUCCCGUGUCACCGGUGGCAUGAAGGUCAAGGCUGACCGUGACGAGUCGUCGCCCUACGCCGCCAUGCUGGCUGCCCAGGAUGUCGCUACCCGCUGCCGCGAGGUCGGCAUCACUGCUCUGCACGUCAAGCUGCGGGCAACUGGUGGAACCGGCACCAAGACCCCUGGCCCUGGUGCGCAGAGCGCGCUCCGUGCGCUCGCCCGUUCCGGCAUGCGCAUCGGCCGUAUCGAGGACGUGACGCCCAUCCCGACGGACUCCACGAGACGUAAGGGUGGUCGCCGUGGUCGUCGUCUCUGA